AGUGCGGCUGCGCGGGAGCGGACCGUUAGACGGGCCGAGGAGGGAGGCAGGGCGGGGGAUGCGCUCCGUCUGCCUCAGGGUGGGGGAAGAGGACGUCGUUUCUCCCCGUGGGGGAGAUGUGUCUGCGUGUGUGAGGAGCGAGAGGGUGUGACCGCCCCGACCGCCCUGGUCCAGUCCCCGCUUGUGUUCCGUGGUGGUGGCGGCGGCCGGUCGCCAUGGGCAACCGCGGGAUGGAGGAGCUGAUCCCGCUGGUGAACCGGCUGCAGGACGCGGUGGCCACUGUCGGCCGCUGCUGCCGCCUCGACCUGCCACAGAUCGCCGUGGUGGGCGGCCAGAGCGCCGGCAAGAGCUCGGUGCUGGAGAACUUCGUGGGCAGGGAUUUUCUUCCUCGAGGACCAGGCAUAGUGACUAGACGCCCUCUGGUUUUGCAACUGGUUAAUUCCACUACAGAAUAUGCUGAAUUCCUACAUUGUAAAGGAAAAAGGUUUACUGAUUUUGAGGAAGUGUGCCAUGAAAUUGAAGUAGAAACGGACAGAGCAACUGGAACAAACAAAGGGAUUUCAUCAAUACCCAUUAACCUGAGAAUCUACUCGCCAAAUGUGCUAAACCUGACCCUAAUUGAUUUACCCGGCAUCACAAAAGUGCCAGUAGGAGAUCAACCAGCAGAUAUUGAGUACCAAAUCAGGGACAUGAUAAUGCAAUUCAUCAGUCGCGAAAACUGUCUUAUUCUGGCUGUAACACCAGCUAACACGGACUUGACCAAUUCAGAUGCACUAAAGUUAGCGAAAGAUGUUGAUCCCCAAGGUUUGCGAACAAUUGGUGUGAUUACCAAGCUUGAUCUAAUGGAUGAGGGUACAGAUGCCAGGAAUGUUUUGGAGAACAAGCUGCUACCUCUUCGCAGAGGAUACAUUGGUAUUGUCAACAGAAGCCAGAAGGAUAUAGAAGGAAAGAAGGACAUUAAAGCAGCACUUAUAGCGGAAAGAAAUUUUUUCCUUUCUCAACUUGCGUAUAAACACAUGGCAGAACGUAUGGGAACUCCAUAUCUCCAGAAGAUCCUCAAUGAGCAGCUGACCAACCACAUUCGGGAGAUUCUCCCAGUGCUGCGAGACAAGCUGCGGAGGCAGUUAUCAUCUUUAGAAAAGGAGGUGGCAGAGUUUAAGGACUGCCGACCUGAUGACCCUGCCAUAACAGCCAAAGCUCUCUUGCUGAUGGUAAAACAGUUUUCCGUGGAUUUUGACAAGAAAAUCGAAGGAUCAGGCAAUCAAGUGGAUACGGUAGAAUUAUCAGGUGGAGCAAGGAUCAACAAAGUUUUCCAUGAACGAUUUCCUUUUGAGCUGGUAAAGAUGGAGUUUGAUGAAAAAGAACUACGACGAGAAAUUAGCUUCGCUAUUAAGAAUAUCCAUGGUAUCAGGCCUGGUUUGUUUACGCCUGAUAUGGCUUUUGAAACUAUUGUGAAGAAACAGAUAGUGAAACUCAAGGAACCUUGCCUGAAGUGCGUGGAUCUGGUUAUUCAAGAAUUAAUACAUACCAUUAGACAGUGCAGUCACAAGCUGGGCAGAUACCCAAAACUGCGGGAAGUGACGGAGAGGAUAGUUUCAAGCUACAUACGAGAGAGAGAAGGAAGGACGAAGACCCAGGUAUUGCUACUGAUUGAUAUCCAGUUGGCUUAUAUCAAUACAAACCAUGAAGACUUCAUAGGGUUUGCAAAUACCCAACAAAGAUGUGGUCAGCUUUAUAAGAAACAACCUGCUGGAAAUCAGGUAGUCAGAAAAGGUUGGCUCACCAUCAGCAACAUCAGUAUCAUGAAAGGAGGUGCCAAGGAAUAUUGGUUUGUGCUGACAACAGAAAGUCUCUGUUGGUUUAAGGAUGAGGAGGAAAAAGAGAACAAGUAUAUGCUGUCGUUGGAUAACUUGAAAAUUCGCGAUGUGGAGAGGAGUUUCAUGUCCAGUAAAAAUGCGUUUGCACUUUUUAAUACAGAACAGAGGAACGUUUAUAAGGAUUAUCGAUUAUUAGAGCUUGCUUGUGAAUCUCAGGAGGACCUAGAUGGUUGGAAGGCAUCGUUACUUAAGGCUGGUAUUUAUCCAGAUAAAUGCACUAUUGAGGAGGAGACAGAAUGUAUACAUAGCUUCUCCAAGGACCCUCAGCUGGAGAGACAAGUGGAGACCAUUCGCAGCCUAGUCGACUCGUACAUGUGCAUCAUUCACAAGACCAUCCAAGACCUUAUACCAAAGAUAAUUAUGCACCUCAUGAUCAAUAAUACGAAGGGAUUUAUUAACACAGAGCUUUUGGCAAAACUGUAUUCAGAAGACCAAACUGCUCUAAUGGAGGAAUCUCUGGAACAGGCCCAAAGGCACGACGAAAUUCUUCGAACAUAUAACGCUAUCAGUGAAGCACUGAAUAUUAUUGGCAACAUUAACGUGAACACAGUAUCAGUUCCAUUGCCGCCUCCUGUGGAUGAUUCCUGGUUACAUACAAGCCACAGUACGAGCUCUUCGCACUGGCAACCAUUCUCUGGUCGUCCACCAUACAACCAAUCUGGACAAGCUCCCAUCUUACCCGUUGAAUCAAAAGGCUCGUCUUCAAGUGCCCCUCCCAUCCCAACCCACCAUGGCAUUCCACAGUCGCUCAGUGGUCCGAGUAGUGCAGGAACAUCAGUGUUCACCCAACAGACCCGCUCAAAGUCCACUCAUGCUCCCACCACCCCCAGGAGACCUCCUCCUGCAGUACCUGGAAAACCAACUUCAUGAAGACACUAAUCUAACUCAGUAUCCAUGUUUAUAAUGUAUUUGUAGUCCGAAGUUCUAUCUCACGUAUUGCACAAUAUCUUUGUAUAUAAUUGUUUAAUUAAUGCUGCCAAUAAAUCCUACUCUAUUCUAUAUUGCAA